AUGAAAUUUGCACACAUUACUAUACUCUCUCUUCUUCUCCUGGCUGUUUAUACUGCCGCCAAGCGAUUACCAACUCACGAGGUUCUGCCUACACCAAUCCUUAUUCAUGCGGUCAAAGGCAAUCCUAAUAAAUAUAUUGUGGAAAACGUGUGGUAUGGCAAUGGAUAUGAGGAUGACGACAAAGUUACAGCAGUAUUCAAAUGCGAGGCUCCUGUGAAGGUUAACGCUACUGAUCAGCCCAAAAUAUUCAAUGAUCGUAGAGCUUUCUUUGAAUUGACCGUUCCUGACAGCGUAAAAACAGUAAAAUGUAGGAGAGGAAUAUUUGAUAUCGACUCUUUCCGGUUCUCUGCUGUUAGUUUUCCUCAUACAAAAUAA